ACCACCACCUCAUCCUCCUCCUCAUUCUGGAGUGCCGGGAGGAGCCCUAAAAGCUUGAUGGCUCUGAACUGAGGAGGAGAGAGUGUCAAUGCCGCACAUGGAAGGAGCAGACAGAGGAAGGGUCUGUAAGGAAGACAGGACUCCCAGCAGGCAUUAUUAAUAGAAAAAACCUGAAACCAUGAACUGGUCAGGCUUUGAAGAUCUCCUUGGUGGGGUCAACAAAUACUCUACUGCCUUUGGGCGUAUCUGGCUCUCAGUGGUCUUCAUCUUCCGUCUCCUCGUCUACUUAGUGGCAGCUGAGAAAGUUUGGGGAGAUGACUCCAAGGACUUUGACUGCAACACGGAGCAGCCGGGCUGCCCCAACGUCUGCUACGACUUUUACUUCCCCAUCUCCCACAUCCGUCUUUGGGCCCUGCAGCUCAUCCUGGUCACGUGUCCUUCCUUGCUAGUGGUCAUGCAUGUGGCCUACCGGGAAGCCAAACUGAAGAAAUAUUUGGAGAAAGAGGGACGGGACUCUCGACCCCGCUAUCCCCCAGGCAAGAAGCGUGGGGGCUUGUGGUGGACCUAUUUGUUCAGUCUCCUCUUCAAAGCUUUUGUGGACAUCAUCUUCCUCUUUAUCUUCUACCGAGUGUACCCAAGCUACAAACUUCCCCCGUUAGUUAAAUGUUCCCUUCCCCCUUGUCCCAAUGUGGUAGACUGCUACAUCUCUAGGCCUACCGAGAAGAACAUGUUUACCUUGUUCAUGAUUGUGACGGCCUGCAUUUGCAUCCUCCUCAGCCUCGUGGAAGCUUUUUAUCUGGUUGGGAAGAGAUGUAAGGAGAGCCUGGUGGCCCGAAGCGAAAGCCAUGAGGGACCCAAUGGGAAUGCACUUAUUCUCAAAAGGGACCCUGGCUGCCUUUCCCCCAGUAAGCAAAAUGAAGUGAGCCCACAGGUUUUCCAGGGGACAAAUUACAAACCAUUCACAACACCCCUCCUAAAUAUGUCACAGCAUGGGGAGAUAGAGCCCUCAAAACAUGAAAAACUAGGGUAAUGACUCCAGAGAAGAGGGGGGAAAUGAAGACCUUGGGAUGGGAUCAAAAUAGGCUCAAUCCUUCAUCUCCUACUAGGUAGCAGAAAGAUACAAAUGUGUUGAAGGGUGAGAUGGGAGAAGAAUGUGAGCCUACUGUCUACUCCAAAUUGUAUUAAUUAAUAUCAGGUAUUUGCACAACUCAAGUUGUUCUACUGCCUAAUGACUAUGUUUUCCUUAAGAAUACUUGAAAUCAACCCAGCAAUGGAAGAAUCAAUCAAGACUGCACCCAACAGAUGGCUGUGCCACCUUCUAGUAUAUGCCAUUCCAUGCCACUUGUGACCCUGACCUCCAAAAUAAUCUUAUGACUACAUUCCAAAAGUCACCAUCCAGGCAAAAUCUUACCAGUAGUCCCAAUUAAAGCAUUGACUCAGUGGGUUUAUCUAUGUGUUGAAUUCCCAUUGAGUGGCCCUACUCUAGAACUAAGUAAAGCAAGGGUGGGAAUAAGGUGGCCUUCCAGAUGUGCUUGAACUACAGCUCCAAUUAAAAAUGAUAGUUAGGACUGCUGGUAGUGGUAGUUCAGCUAACUCUAGGGGCCUCAUGGUUCCCACCACAAUCGGUACUUUCUUCCUACUACCAGCAACAUUACUAUUUUCAUAGAUCAUUUGGUACUUCUGUAAAUCAUGGUGCUAUCUUGAUCCUGGGGGUACCUCCCUCUUAAUAUGUGGAAGCCAAUUGAACUAUUUUGGCUACAUAUGCAUUGGCACUUAUGCCUGAACCAAAGAGACAAUCAUAUUGACUGUCUAGAGAUUCUCCAGCACUUUUGACAACAUCUGUGAUAAUUGCCUACUAGUAAUAAAUUGCACAUUACCAAGGAAAGAAG